GCCAGUGAGUUGUCAAAUUAAUUUAGAAUUUCAAAAUGUAAUAAAUUGUUCUUGUUGAAUAUACUACACUUAGAUCAUGUUUCGAAACAACAGGAUCCAAAGUCAAAAGCUGUCUCUCACAGACAUGCUCGCGUUUCCAAAAAAAUGGAACCUGUAUAAGAAACAAUUUAAGAAAAAAUAUAAAGAUAAGGAUGAAGACGCAAUACGCAAACAAAUUUAUUUUUCCCGGUACGCACAGAUUGAAGAAAACAAUAAAAAUUACAACGAAAAGUCAGUAUAUUUUAGAAUAAAUCAUACCGAGUUCAGCGAUCUAACUGAAGAGGAAAUACAAAUGCAUUAUUUCAAGAAUCCUACAGAAGAAGCUAACAUCAUCAUAGCGGGAAAAACCCCUGAAGAACAGUGGGAAAACUUCAAAAAACAAAUGAAAAAGAAAUUUAAGUCGCAAAGUGAAGAAGACAUUCCGAAAUUUUUUUUCUUUUCGAAGUUAAAAGAGAUUGAGCAACAAGUAAACGAUCUCAAAAAAGUCGGUAUUGCUAUUGAUUUACAACACGUGAAUCGUUACUGUGACUACCAUAACAAGAAUUCAGAUAACACGUUUCUGGAUGAUGUUGUGACUGACGAAAAACCUAAAGGGAAAAGAAAAAGAUUCAGAGCGUUUUUUAAAUGAGUAGUAAAGCUUUUAAAUGGAAAGAAGUGAUACUGAUGAGAAGAAACAGUUUUCCCAUGUAUAUUUAAAAAACAUAUAAUAAGAACAUUUUACAAAU